AUGGCUCUACCAAUUUCUCCGGGAUUAACGCCAAUGGAAGUUGCAUUUCUAUGUGAGAGGGGAAUGGGUACAGUCGUCCCUCGACAAAGACUUGAGAGUCUCGAUUUAUUAGGUGGCAAGACACCUUCUCUAAGACCACCGCAUCGUGCACCUUUACCUCUAUGGCUCGCUCUGUUACUCAAACGACAACGUCGCGCGAAUAUCCUACCACCUCCAUGGCUUCAUCCCCAAUCUCUCGAUAGAAUCCUCAAAAUGGAAACUGAUAAUCCCGAAGGCUUUUCCCCUCCUCCUUCUCUAGAUCCUCGCACACCAUCCACAGUAUCUCCCCCAUUCCUUCCUUCGAAUACGGCAGAUUCUUCACCAGAUUGUUUACCAUACCAUUGGAUUGAUAUGGGCGAAAUAUUACUAGAAGCUGCGAGUGAUGAUAUACAGGAUCCGGAUAAGGUUCGAGAACUACUUAGAGACUUGAGGGAAGUGAGAAUGGCGAAAAUGAGGAGCAGUACGCUGGCGGUCGAAGGAGGCGGCUUGACUAGUCUACAAGGUGUUGGUGCAAUGGAGGUUAGUGAAGGACGAGGUUUCAUUACAGGGGUUAUGGAUGGGCUACGAAAAUUAGGAGCUUCUAGAGAAGUUUCUAGGAGGGAAAAGGAACAAGAAGGUGCUGAGAGCGGAGGUGAUGGUAAUAGUGAGGAUGAAGAUAUGGAGUUAUGA